AUGAGUGAUUUACGUGCUUUGAUGAAGCGUGAGCGCAUGCUUCAGCAAAAGUGGCUACGGUGGCAAAAUGAAGUGUAUUCAGAUUUCUUUUUGCUGCGUGAGAAAAUCGAGCUACUGGUGGAGGAUGCGAAAGGUACGGACGAAGACGGAAUCGAUUCCAAAAAGGAUGAGAAAGAGAAAAAGGAUGCUAUUUCCCGCGAACAGGAAAAUCUACGUGUCGUAGAGGAGUUUGAAAACCGCUACUGCAUGGUGAAAGGAUCUUUGCUGAAACUGCUUCCGGCAAAGGUUUCGGUUCAGCGAGUUGAUGGGAAUUCUGGUGGGCAAUCCGCACAACACUCCAAGGUGAAAUUGCCAGAAAUCAGUUUGCCAACGUUCAGCGGCAAACUAGGAGAUUGGGUGAUGUUUCGGGAUACUUUCCGCAGUCUCAUCCAUCAGAACGGUGAGCUGAACCCGAUGGACAAGUUCACAUACUUGAGGACGUCACUCAAGGGAGAUGCUCUGAUGGAAAUCAACACCAUUGAACUCUCGGCCGUCAACUACGAGGUUGCGUGGCAGGUUCUCCAGGAGCGCUAUGAGAACAAAAAGCUGAUCGUCAAGGCGUACUUGGAUGCACUUUUUCGAUGGAGCCGCUCAGAAGAGAGUCGUACGACGGACUGA